GCCUGGGGGCUGACUUCUUUCUUUCUUUCCUCUUUUCUGUAGGUUUCCCUCCUCGCUGUGUGUGGGGCUCGGCCAGAUGGUGGCCACCGUGGCCGUGCUGUGGGCGGGCAAGGCGCUCCGAGUGGUCAAGUUCCCGGACUUGGACAGAAGUAUACCUCGGAAGACGUUUCCACUACCUCUCCUAUAUUUUGGGAACCAAAUCACGGGACUGUUCAGCACAAAGAGACUGAACUUGCCAAUGUUCACCGUUCUGAGAAGGUUCUCCAUUCUGUUCACGAUGCUCGCAGAAGGGGUUUUGCUCAAGAAGACUUUUUCUUGGGGUAUUAAAAUGACUGUAUUUGCAAUGAUUAUUGGCGCCUUUGUAGCUGCCAGCUCGGACCUGGCGUUUGACCUGGAAGGAUAUGUUUUUAUUCUGAUAAAUGAUGUCCUGACAGCGGCAAAUGGCGCAUAUGUGAAACAGAAACUGGACUCUAAAGAGCUGGGAAAAUACGGCCUGCUCUACUAUAACGCGCUGUUCAUGAUCCUGCCCACCCUCGCCAUCGCGUAUUUCACAGGAGAUGCACAGAAGGCGCUGGAGUUUGAAGGCUGGGCCGACACCCUCUUCCUUCUGCAGUUCACUCUCUCCUGCGUGAUGGGGUUCAUCCUGAUGUACGCCAUUGUGCUCUGCACGCAGUACAACUCUGCUCUGACGACCACCAUCAUCGGCUGUAUUAAGAAUAUAUUAAUAACUUAUAUUGGAAUGGUCUUUGGUGGAGAUUAUAUUUUCACGUGGACGAAUUUUAUUGGUUUAAAUAUCAGCAUCGCGGGCAGCCUGGUGUACUCCUACAUCACCUUCGCCGAGGAGCAGCUCAGCAAGCAGGCGGAGGCCGGCGGCAAGCUGGACGUCAAGGGGAAGGGAGCCGUGUGAGGAGCUGCGUGCGCCGUGUGGCCCGGGAUGGCCGCUGCCUAGGAGGUUCUGUGGGAGACCUCGGAAUAGACUGGUCUUUGGAGUUAAUUUAUGUCGGACUGGAAAAUGUUCUGGGCUUUUUAAUUUAUUUUUUCUAUCCUGAUGGUGAAACCCCUGGGUCUUGAAAGUGUUCUGUCCCACAGUUUGCUGCCGGCACCCCAAGACCCGCGUCCGUCCUGCGCCCAGCGGGUCACGGCCACUCCCUGAGCAGGCCGGCCUCUCGGGCCAGAGCAGCCCUGGAGCGGCCGGGCCUCCUCCGCCCCCUCGCUGCCGCUACCCAGGACCCCAGGGGCUCGGGGCAGUAGAAUUUGAGCCCCGUGGGGUGGGGCCGGGUGGCUGCUGUCCGUCCCAGCCCUGCCUGCCGGGCGCGUUGCGGCUGCCUCGCUCUCUGGCCCAGCUCGCUGCCUCUGGCCCCCAGCGAGCAGCCGGGAGGUGGCCGGGACCAGCGCUGGGCACUUCGACCCUGCACCCCAGGGACCUGCGUACCCUUCUUUACCCUGCCAGGGGACGGAGCAGCGGUGCGCGUGCCUAGGCCUCUCCCGACUCCUCUGAUGUGCAGUUGUGCCAGCAGGGAGAGGUGACCCAUGCUCAGCCCCUUCCGAAGCCCACAGAGCAGAGCGCUGGAACGCCAGGUCGGAUUGGGUGCCAGGCCAUAUGGCUGGGUCUUCAACGGGCUCCCCUCGGCUCCGGGAGCACCCUGUGUAGUCAGGCCUUGGCGACUGCUGAGCGGACCUUGGGGACACUGUACAGUGAGACGGCAGCGGACCCUGGAGAGGGAGGCCGUUGGCUUCCCCAGCUCCCGAGGCCCGCCCCGUCCCCAGUGCGGUCUUUAGCUGAGGUCAUGCUGACUAAGCGCCGCCCCAGGGAGGCCCAGGCCGUGGGGAUUCUGCCCUGUGGUGCCCCUGAGGGUCGUGGGGUGGGAGGAGGCCUCUCCAGCUGGUUUGCAGGCGUCCAGGUGGUGGGGUACCCAUGAGCUUCCCAGCACAGCGCUCAACUUUGCAUCGCUUGAGACCUGAGGAAUCAGUCCCUUGUGGGGCACACACAAAAGUGCAGUUCGCAAGCUGCCUGUCACAGUCGUCAGCAGCAAGGGGUGGGGACGGUGGUGACGACUGUGGAACUCAGUGACAGUGGGCCGCUGGUUCUGUGCUGGACGAGGCGGUGUGGGUUUGGCUUCUCAUAACUGUGGGUGGCCCUGGGGGAGCAGCGUUCACAGGCUGGCUCCACAGGCCAGGCGGGCACUGUGGCCCCUGGGGGUGUAAGUGAUUUGUUGUUUUGUUUUAAAGAACAAAUUACUUAGGGGUAAAAAAAUUUUUUUUUCUUCUAUCUUAGAGAACCUCCACUUCAUAGUGGUGAUUCGAUUAAAACCUCGUCUCAACCUGCCAAAGGUAGUCCUGUGCAGGUGAGACCCUCUUCCAUUGUAGAAUUCUGCUGGACGCAGGUGGCCACAGCUGCCAGUGCACCACCGCGCUCCCGAUCCGCUCACCAGCUCCUACUCCAGGGCCUUGUAGGAGGAAAUACGCCAGUGUUCUCAGUUUUCUAAGGCUUUCUUUAGUUUCAAAAUCCUUUUUAAAAAAGAAAUCUACUGGUUAGAUUUGCUAUCUCAUAAAAAUGUUUUUAGAGAUUAUUUUAUGAACAUUUUCUCAUGCUGAUGACCAACUUGAUUUUUGUCUACAAAUGUUAACCUCUCACGAUAUUUUUUCAAUAUAGAUUUAUUCUAUUUACCAAGUUAUUUUUUAAAGGUACUGAGGGUUGAGUCAUGUAAAUCAGGUGAUAUAAAUAUGAAAAUUAUGUGCCUAAAUAUUUUUGUUAAUGGUGUCAAAUAAAUACUUUUUCC